UCUCCGUUCCCAUUACUUAGAAAUCACAUAAACAGGUGCAAGACUUCAUUUUAAUGUGUUCAAACGAUGGAAAAAAAAUAAUAGGAAUUUUACGUAUAAUGUGAAAUAAUUAUGAUAUAGGUUUGAUUUGGAUGAAUUAUUUAAACACCCGAGGACAGACACCCGAGAAAGUCUUUUUCAACCAGAUUGAUAUUUGAUGCUGAUGUCUUCAUUAUAUUAUAAGUACUGAGAAAUAUGAAAUGUGAAUGACGUUAAUUUCUCUUCAAGGAUUUUGGAAAUGUAUUUUAAGGUUUACAUGGAAAGGAAGUUUAGGUAGUCAAUGACUGAUGCCAAACCAUAAUGUGAUUAUACUCAUCCUAUGGGGAACAUGGAUUACAGUUCAUGCCAUGACUGACUAUUCAGAGCAGCCAGAAAACCAAACUCUGAUUGGAAAAAUAUCUGGACGUACAUGUCAUCCUGGGUGGACUGGGCUUAACUGCACUAAAGAAUGUCCAGAAGGGUCGUAUGGAAUGAACUGUGCCUUUAAUUGUAGUAUUCAUUGUGUAUAUAAAAUGUGUAAUCCAAAGUCUGGUAAUUGUACCUAUGGAUGUGAAUAUGGAUGGAGUGGAGUGUUUUGCGACGACGAUAUUCUUACGCCAGAAGAAUUAAAAGAACAAGCUAUUAUUAUGUUUUUCGAAUUUAUUGGUGGUAUAAUGGGGUUCUACCUUCUACAAAUUGGUAUAAUAAAAUAUCGUUCAUUGCACUUAGGGUGUUGUUGUUGCUGUAUAUACUGUCCAUGCAAUCGAGAUAAGCUGGAACGGAAGAGAAGAUUAAUGAGAAAGUUAAAGGAACAACAAGAAUCAACAUUUAUUGUGGAGAUGGAACCACUUAAGGUUCAAUGUAAUAACAAGAACUCCUCAUCAAGUCAACGUAUUGUACAUGUUGUAUGAUAAAUGUCCGUGUUCUUGUUAAGUGUACUUAUGUUUC